AUGAAAACGGCCCUGAGUUUCGUUCAGUCCGAAACAUUGGCAUCUGGAGAACCAGUGUCACUAUUAGAGGGCGAGAUUAUUGGGGCAUUUUCAAGUCGAGAUCAAACGGAUGAACGGAAAGACAAAAGCCCUAGACUCGAAGAUGAGCUACAAAAUGCAAGGACCCGAAUUCCGGGAAAGGACCAAGAAUUUAUUCCAAUCGAUAGGCUCAAUGAAAUCAUCACUCGACAAAAUAUUCAGAGAGAGUUCCGUUAUUGUCUGCCAGAGCUAUCAUUGGAUAAAAACCUGUCUACUUGGGUUAAUGAAAUCUGGGACGAGUUUGAGUAUGUUGAUCUUGUCACGGGACAAAAGAUGUACACGUCUCGACGAAAAAUCUUUGCUGUAUUGAUUCUACUUAAUGAUCCUAAGAAGAUUGAGUCAUUUAUUCGCGAAGAUCUAUGGGAUAAGGAUCUACCUUUCAUCAAGAACGCCGAAGGGAAGUGGCUUUGUAAUACCGAGGGCAAUCAGGGCAGAGUAUUUCCUUGGGCAGAAGGGAACCUGAAGGACUUUUGGAAGAAGCAUACAAAGCCUACAAAAACCUAUGAACUGGCGCUGUGGAUUGCAGACCAAUGCAGAGGUAUUGCCAAAGGUCUGGAUUUGAUCCAUAAAGAUGACUUUGAGAAGCCCCCAUUGACCCCGGACGAUGCAAGGAAGGGGAGACAUGGUGAUAUCAAGCCAGAAAAUAUCCUGUGGUCCAAGGACUCUCAAGAUGAAGAUAGACCUUGGAUGGGUACAUUGAAAAUCUCCGAUUUUGGGUUGACACGUUGGCAUCGCGACAAAUCUAACCGCAUCGUUUAUGUCAAUGGAUUGGCUGCGUCUCGGACUUACCGAGCACCCGAGAGCGACUUGACACAAGAGGUAUUCCAACCCUGGGAUGUCUGGACUCUAGCAUGCGUGUUUCUAGAGUUUCUGACAUGGUAUAUUCAUGGCUGGAACGAGGGAGUGGAUGAAUUCUCAAAACAGCGAGCCUUUGAAAGCUCCUCGUUCCCUAUCCGUGAAGACAAUUUUUUCAACCUGGGAAAGAAAAAAGAAGGCUCAAAGUACAAAGCAAGUCUGAAAAUCUGCUGGAUUAACAGACUUCACGCUACAAAAGGAUGUUCUAUCUUCAUCCACGACUUUCUAGAUCUCAUAUAUAAUUCCAUGCUCCGUAUCCGAUACAAAGAACGCUAUAAAUGUGAAGAGGUUGUUGUCAAACUGGACGACAUGUAUAGGAAAUGUAGAAACGACAAAAAAUAUUGUUUCGAGAGUGCACACUAUUAUGAGAGGAAGAGGAAGACCAACGAUUCCGAUCGUCAGGAUUUCCAUGAUACGGAAACAGCAGGAUUGGCUAAUAUAGGUGGUAGCGGGGAACCUAACGGCGAGCAACAAUGUGAGAUUCAAAGAAAAGCAACCAGGCUGCUUCCGCAUCAACAGACAUACCAAUUGGACAGAAAGCAACAUGGUGACUUCGAUCAGUUUCCGGCUUCGGUAACCGAUGAAGUAUACGAACAGGUGGCGGAGAGCCCCUUGGAGUUAAGCCAUAAUACCAUCACCUUCCUACCAACAAGACCAAUUGCCGAUCUUCGUAUUGACGGACCAAAAGAACCAGAGGAGCUAAGCAUGACACGAAACGAUAUAGGAGCAUUUCGGAAUUCUUUAUCAUCCCAUGACCUUAGACACCGGGACAGGGCAGCUAAUGUUACCCUAACUAGACGGGAUGAAAAUUUACAUAAGACAAGCCAAAUGGACGAAAACUCACUCCAGUCAAGUAUAUCAAGAUAUGGAGACUAUUAUGACUGUGCAAAUAUUGAGGGUCCUGCAAAGUUGAGCUCCUCGGUCCGAUUAAACGAUUGUCGUGGGCGGAAUACGGAAUUAGACUCGAGGGCUGAAGGUGAAGAUGACGAGGUUCUCCGCCCAAGACAGCCUGGCUCCAAGAGAAAGAAAUUAGCAGAACGGCUGAGAAGCAUAAUAGCAUGCCUUCUAACAUAA